AUGACUGGGUUGCAACAUACCGUAUCGUCUGUAAAUCUACUAUCGGAUGAAGAGCGAGGAUCGAACCCACAAGCUGAAUCUUCCAAAUCAGCUUUGAGACAAGGACAACGUCAGUGUCAAGAUCAAGAUAUGAAAGAGGAAGGAGAAGCUCAAGAAUCGGAUAAUAUGGUUCAAGGUGAUAUUGAUGAAUCUGAUCCCUCUUCAUCCUCCUCAUCUUCUGUCAAAACACCUCAAGACUCAGGAGCCGAAGGCGAUCAAGAUGAUAUAGUGAUGGAUGAACUGAAACCCGACGGAGGAGAGAUGGGUGAAGAAGCGACAAGUGGAUUGGGUGAUGAGUCGGAAACGGAAACUGAGACGGCCAAUAAUGGUGAUGUAGAGGUGGAUGAUCUGGAUAAUGCUUCGAAUCAAGAUGGGAAGCGUGUAAAGGUCUACGAACUUCAAGAUACAUCAUGGCAUGAUCGAGGUACUGGAUUUUGCAAAGGGAUAUACGAUGAUACUCAGGAUAUAGCUUUGAUCAUAGUAGAAAAGGAAGAAUUCCCUUCAGAUGGUGAAAAGGCGGAAUCAUCAGGUGGAUUCCUGAAAGAGGAAUUAUUGUUAAGUGCGAGAGUGGAGAAGGAGGAUAUAUAUGGUAAACAGCAAGACACUUUGAUUGUAUGGACGGAACCUGCGACGGGUCUAGAUAUGGCUCUAUCGUUCCAGGAUCCAGAAGGUUGUGAAGAUAUAUGGCAAUUCAUAUGUGAAGUACAACGUCAUCUCCUUAGUAUGACUGCUGAAGUGGAAUCCCAACAAGUCCCAUCAUCUUCAUCACCAAUCACCAAUUCCCCUAUGAUAGGUCCUGGUGCUCUUGCUAUGCAGAUGUCAGAUUCGAGGGUACCAUGGCAAACUCCUACUUUAGCAAACAUACGUGAACAAGAAAUGUUCAUAAGGAUGCAAGCAAAAUCGCCGAUAGGACGAGAGAGAGCUGUAGAACAUAUACUGAAUGAGGAUUACAUAAAACACCUCAUAACGGUACUGGAACAAGCGGAGGAUUUGGAGAGUCUGGAAGAUUUGCAUGCGCUGUGUUCUCUCAUGCAGACGAUAAUACUAUUCAACGAUAAUGGUGUAUUCGAGUACAUACUGCAGGAUGAUGUGUUUAUGGGUGUGAUGGGGAUGUUGGAGUACGAUCCCGAAUUUCCUGGCCUCAAAGCAUCUUAUCGACAGUAUUUCCAAGAAACCGCUCGAUUCCGUCAAGUCGUAGAAAUCAAAGAUGAGAAUAUACGUAACAAGAUACAUCAAACAUAUCGACUCCUCUAUCUCAAAGAUGUUGUUCUCGCUCGUGUAUUAGAUGAUCCAACAUUCAACAUCCUCAAUGGAUUUGUAUUUUUCAACCAAGUGGAUAUUAUCAAUUACAUUCAGCAGAAUGACGCUUUCCUUAAUCAGCUAUUUAGCGGAUUCCAUGAUCCUCCUCCUCCUUUACCAGCAACCUCUUCCUCUCCCUCUUCAUCUUCCAAGAGUCCCGGACCAUUAGACGAAAGGAAAAGGGAUGUGGUGAUAUUCCUACAUCAAUUGAUGAUAAUGGGUAAAGGCGUACAAUUACCAGGUAGAUUAGCCCUAUAUCGAAAUCUGGUCGAAAGGGGUUUAUUGUUCGUUUGUGAAUGGGCAUUUAGAAGAUCCGAAGCUCAACUCUUACAUGCCGGUGCGGAAAUUUUGACUUUGGCAGUGGAACAUGAUGCCAAUGUUGUUAGAUUACAUGUCUUCAAAGAGGACGAAGUGAAAAGGAGGACGUUGGUGUUGGAGAUUAUAAAUUUACUUCAGUCAACGAAGAAUUUGGGUUUGAUGUCGCAGAUGUCAGAUACGCUUAGGACGUUGUUGGAGACUCCACCAGAGAAUGAGGCCUUUGCAGCACGUACGAAAGAAGGACCAUUAUCCGAAUCGUUCAGCACAUAUUUCUAUGAUAAUUGUGCGAGCGUACUGUACAAACCUCUGAUGGAUGCUCCUGAUGUAAAAGCGGAAUUGACGAAAAAUAAACUUUUCCAACUCAGUCGUGAACAUAUAGCCCUCUUGCAGCAUUUAAUCGAACUGUUGUCAUUCAGUAUAGCGAAUCAUGCUCACAGAGCGUCUUAUUUCGUCCUGGCAAAUCCAGUAUCGAAGAAGGUUGUUCAACUUUUAUAUGUGAAAGAUAAACCUUUACGUCAUGCUUGUUUACGAUAUAUUCGAGCUUGUUUGAAGACGCCAAACCAUUUCAUGCACCGUAAUUACGUCAAGAACGAUUUGUUCUUACCUUUACUGGAAUUACUGGAAGAGGAGAGUAUAAGGGAUAAUAUGAUGAGUUCGGCUUGUAUGGAUGUAUUGGAGUUGAUCCGACGGGACAACCUGAAACUUAUCAUCAAUCAUUUGUUCGAGAACUACCGUGAUCGCCUGGAUAAACUAUCUUCAAGAGCAUUCUUGAAAAAAUACAUAUCGGGUUUGCGCAAUCGAUGGGAAAUCAACAACGAACCUCCACCACCUGUUCAGCAAUCGACUAUAUCGUCCCAUGAGGGAGAAUCGAGUAAAGCUCAAGCUGAAGAAGAUUACUUCAAUGCCUCGGAUGACGAAGAACAACCUACUAGCACAGCUGAAGUACCAAGUAAGAGGAAGAGAAUGUUCACUCAUGGUGGUGGACCUAAGAAACGUCCAGCGGGAGCUAGAAAACAGAUGGUUGUAUCAGGCAAAGAUAUUCGUAGACCAUCGCCUGAACCUGAACCACCUACUGAGUCUGACCGUAAUCCUGCAUCGGUGGUUGAAAGACCGACUAGUGCAUUAGGGUUAGAUUAUGACGAUGGAUCCGAUUCGGAUUCUUCAACAGGUCAGAAAUCACCUAGAAAUCAACCUCAACCUCAACUUCCACAAUCCCUUCAAGGAGCUAAAGAAGAAGGGGAAGGGGAAGGGUUGGAAGAUGUACAAAUGCGUAUGAGAGCAAAGAGACAACGUGAAGAAGAGGAAGAAGAAGGUUUUGCGGGAUUAUUAGUCGGUGCUAAAUCGACAUCGACAUCGACAUCGACGAAAGAUGAAGAUGAGAAAGAGAAGGGACUGGUAUUGGGUGAUAGCGAUAAUGAAGAUACGAAGAAGAUCCAAACAACGACAGGAACGAGUGUGAAAGAUAUGGGUAAGAAGAUAAGGUUGAAUUUGGGUUUCGGCAAGAAGUUAGGUGGUGGUGGUGGUGGGAAUGGCAAGUAG